GAGCAUAAAAGAACAUAAAAGCUCCAAACUUAUUUUAAUUUAUUUCAUAUUGUCAAUAGCUUCAGUUUAAUAUAAACCUUUUAGAGACUCUCUCGUCGUUGUUGUUUCCUCUCAUUGUUGCUCUGUUUCUUGAGGGUUUAUCAAUGGAUGCUGGUACUUUGAACUCGGUGAUCAAUAGGUUGCUUGAAGUUAGAGAGAAACCAGGAAAGACUGUUCAGUUGUCUGAAACAGAGAUUAAACAGCUCUGUUUUGUCUCUAGAGAUAUCUUUAUGAGACAGCCAAAUCUCUUGGAACUCGAAGCUCCUGUCAAAAUCUGCGGGGACAUUCAUGGACAAUAUCCGGAUCUCUUGAGACUAUUCGAAUACGGAGGAUACCCUCCUCGUUCAAACUACUUGUUUCUUGGAGAUUACGUAGACCGCGGCAAGCAAAGCCUGGAAACGAUUUGUCUUUUACUCGCUUACAAGAUCAAAUUCCCUGAAAACUUCUUCCUUCUUAGAGGAAACCAUGAAAGUGCCUCAAUCAAUCGCAUUUACGGCUUUUACGACGAGUGUAAACGCAGAUUCAGUGUCAAGAUUUGGCGAAUCUUCACCGAUUGCUUCAAUUGUCUUCCUGUCGCUGCACUCAUCGAUGACCGGAUUCUCUGUAUGCACGGCGGGCUCUCCCCGGAGCUUCUUAGCUUGAGACAGAUUAGGGAUCUUCGUCGUCCCACGGACAUUCCUGAUCGCGGUUUACUCUGUGAUCUGUUGUGGUCUGAUCCUGACAAGGAUGUCAGAGGUUGGGGGCCUAAUGAUCGCGGAGUCUCUUACACUUUUGGAUCGGAUACAGUUUCGGGGUUUCUGAAAAGACUCGAUCUUGACCUAAUUUGUAGAGCUCACCAGGUUGUUGAAGACGGAUUCGAGUUCUUUGCGAAUAAGCAGCUUGUGACGAUAUUCUCUGCGCCGAAUUACUGUGGGGAGUUCGACAAUGCAGGUGCGAUGAUGAGUGUGGAUGAUGAUUUGACCUGCUCAUUUCAGAUCUUAAAACCUAAUGACAAAAAAUCAAAGUUCAGUUUUGGAAGCAGAGGUGGCGUUAAAACUAGCUUCCCUUAUCCUAAAGUCAAGGAUGAUUUAAACAGGUCUAAGUUUUGGAUCUGCUUUCAAUCCAAUAAAAAAAAAGACAAAAAACUCUAGAUCGGUUUGAACACCUUUUGUUGCUCACUUAAUAUCGAUUCUGAGUUCACAGAGUUCGAAAGGAUACAACUACAACUGAUGACUCCAUAACAGUCCGCAUAAUAACUGUUUGGCAACUAUGCCAACGUUAUUCGAUGAUAAGGGAGCACGAGGAUUUUGAAUUUCGGAAUUUUUUUGAAGAUGCUGUUUUUUUUUUUUCUUUUUUGUUAUACCGUUGUGUGGCUACGUGUGUGUGUGUGUUUUUUUCUCUCUAUUGUUUGUAAAUUUGGAUUGUAUCUUUAAGUGUUGGUUUAUGAAAUCUUUAUAUAAUAAAGUAUGUUUUUCAUAUUUUU